UUCAAAUUUCUUCCACCAAAUACUGCAAAAGCAAGCUCCUUGUUUCACUAAACAACACAACACAACACUGAGAUUAUCAUUUGACUAGACAUAGAAAAAACCAGAGAAACAAAUACAGAACAGAGACAAAGACAGAGAAAUCUAGAGAGAGAGAGAGAAGAGAGAGAAAAUGUCAUCAACAAUAACAAGAAAACCAAAAUGGCAACCAACACCACCACCACCACCAAGUCCAAAAAUCCUCCAUUUUCCCCGCAGAACUCGCCGGAAAAAUCCCAAAAACACCACCUCAAAAAACACAAAAAAGAAACAUCUUUAUAAUAUGUGCAACCCUUUAGAGUUACAUGAGAAGUAUUAUUACAAAGGGAGGUUAGAAAGUUUAUUUGAUCAAGAAAGAGAGUUUCAUAGAAGUUCUUCAUCAAAUGUGAAUAUAGUGGUCCCCACUACUUCUACCUCUAACUGUACUGCAACUGAGAGGAGGGAAAGAGUUGAAGAACAAGAAGAAGAAGAUGAAGGUGACAGAGAGAGCAGGGAGAGGUUAGGGGAGGAGAAGUGGAGGUUUCAAGCGGAGAUGUUAAGGGCAGAGUGUAAUUUCUUAAGAAUGGAAAGAGAAUUUGCUUUGAAGAAAUUGGAAAGGAAUAGAGUUAAAAUGGAGAAGACUCUCAGAUCAGCUGUUCAGACUCUCAUUUCUGGGAAAAAGAAGAUUUUUGACGGGAAGAAUGUGAAUGCAGUAUUAGAAGAAGAGAUUGAAGAUUUGGCAGAGAAACUUGAGGAGUUGAAGAAGAGUUGUAAAAGUAAAGAUGUUGAAGUGAGACAUUGCAGUAAUUUUGAUAAAAAGGCAUGCCUUUUACAGAAAAGGUUAGAAAAACUUGGAGGUUUAACAGAUGAAAAAACUCUCAAAGAAUUACAACAACUGACUCAUCAAUCAAACAAUGAACUUGACAAAGAAAGUUGUGCUUCAAGUGGCAACGACAAAAGCAAGAAUACACCAACUGAUGUGGAGGUUCUAAGAAUGAAAAUGGAUGGACUGUCAAAGGGUAUGUUAGAUAGGAUGGAGGAAGAAUAUGGGGCAACACUUACUAGCACAGCAAACAGUUCUGUUGCCAGUUCUGCUUCAACUUCCAAGAGAAUUGAUACUUUUACAGACCCUUCAUCAACUUUUUCUACUAGACAACCAUCUCAGGAGUUGAUGCCACUCGAGGAGAACAAAUGCUCAGGGCGUUGCAAGGUUAUAGUACGAAGGAUCGUAGAACAAGUGAGAGCUGAAACUGAGCAAUGGUCACAAAUGCAAGAAAUGCUGCAGCAAGUCAGGGGUGAAAUGGAAGAACUGCAGGCUUCUCGCGAUUUCUGGGAAAAUCGAGCCCUUAAUUUUGCUCAUGAAAUCCAAUCUUUACAGUCCUCUGUGGAGGAAUGGAAAGAUAAAGCACAAGCAUUUGAAACCAAUGCAAAUGAGCUGCAGUGUCAAUUAUCUGCAACAAAAGAGGAGCUAGAAAAAUCAAGGACAAAGAAAGCUAUAGCACAUGAUCAGAGGGAGGUAACAUCUACUCCGAAUUCGCCUCUGGUGUCAUUAGCCAAACAAAUAGAGAAGGAAAAACGCGUGCUGAUUUGUCGGUUGAAAGAAGAAAAUGCCAAUCAGAAGUUGCAAAAACAAAAAGGUGUGGAAGUGAUCUCAACAAAAGAUUUGCCGCCUGUUUCUCUAGGGAAACAACUAGAGAAGGAAAAGCGCAUGUUUAUGCAUCGUCUGAAGGAAAAUCGGGGAGCCAUUGACAGGAGUUGUAAGCCGGAACUUUCGCCUGUUGGGAGAAGAAAAGAAUCUUCAUGUAGCAAAGAAUCAGGAGUACAGAAAAGGCUACCAUUUAGAGAUAUUGGGAAUUCUUCAUCACCAUUGUUAGUGAGGCAAAAUAGUAAAGCUGUUUACCCUUUGCACAGCCCUGAGACUAGACAGGCAAAUCAAAGGUUGUGAAAGUAAGGCAAAUGACUUCUUUGUCUUAGCAGUUUUUGUCAUGUUAUUGUCUGCCUUAGUGAAAAUUUGCUUAGUAUUGAGUGGUGCAAGCCUUUUGUAAAGCAGACAAUUUGGGAA